AUCAAAAGUGAGAAAUUUUUCGUCUAGAAUAAUGAAUUGACCUCACCGCAGAAAAUUCUCCGGAAACUUAACCAAUUUUAUGAACCCAAUGAAUACAAGCACGUCUGGAAAAAAUGCAAUUUUAGAGUUGAUGUAUAAUGCCGAUGAAAACCGAAUGAAAGUCAAGCAGAUAAAAAAAAGGGUCGCCAAUAAUGGACCACCAACUGACGUCGACGUGUCACACGCAGCCUGACGACAUUGUCAACUCUGGAUCCUAUAAUAAAUUGCUGCCAUCAUCGUCACCAGUGCAUUCAUGCAUCCCAACUUCCGGAACAGAAAAGUACGACGUGCUGAUUAUCGGUGGCGGCCUGGCCGCCGUCCGCACUGCGAAAGCCGCCGCGAAAUACGGUCGAAGGGUUCUCUUGUGUGCACACAACUAUGACGACGAAUUGCUUGUGGCUGAUUGCGUGGACGCCGUCGACGGAACGCUUUUCUCAACAGACUUCCGCUCCGUCAUCAGAAUCCUCGCGCGACACGCGGCUGAAAUAUCUCGCAUGAUACUCUCUGGUGAACCAUACGCGUUCGGUUGGCAACUCCAGCAGUCAUCAAGGGUGUCCAGUCAGAUGAGUCCUCAUCAACAGCAGCAGCAGGAAUCGACACCGACGACACUGCGCCACAACUGGCUCCAGUUCACGCAGAAUGCCAAAGCCCUGAUGGAGACAACAACUCGCAGGGAAGCCGUGGAAGACCUGGAGCAAUACACUCAGUUAUAG